AUCUAGUGCGCUCAUAAAAGUAGUGAACGUGAAAGCGAACGGUACGGUUGUUACGGUGCUAGGUGUGGUGUAUUUUCUCUAUCGCGAAUUGUUCCAAUUAGAUUUUUCAUAAACCGUAACGUGUUGAACUGGAUGAACUAAUUGAUGGCCCAAGUACCUAAUCAAAAUAAUUGUUAGCGAUAUUUCUGAAAAAAUGUGGAGAAUGCUGUGAAAACAUGCUGUUUCAACGUCAUAUUUCGCAUUUUUAUUGACACCGUGUCAAAUACGACGGUUGCUGUGUGUAAGUGAAAGAGUUGUAGAUUUAUUUUUUGUUUUCUUUCGUGUUGAGAGAAGGUGCUGGUGUGCAACUUGGAAUAUUGUUGGAAACGCGUAGGCUAUGAUUGGUAUUGCAACGCAGAGAUGUCUAUAGUAAAAUUUGAGAUAUACCUAUAAUGUUGCGAAUGAAUACUCUUGGGUGAUUAUCGUUUAAAGGUGAAUAGCUCGUUCCAGCAGGAAAACCCAAUUCCACUUGGAAAAUAUAAAUUGUGCAAGGUGGAAUCGACUAACCGCUGUAGUGUGCCGAGAAAGUAGACAGAAAAGAGAGAGCAAUUUUUGGGAAUAAGGUAAAAAUAAUACCUACUACUUAAAUAUUUGAGUUUAAAAAGUGAUGAUCAUUGAAUCAGUGUGAUGAUAAUUUCUAUUUAUUAUUGACACUUCACAAAUAUUCAAAAAGUAAAUAAAGUGUACAUAUUAGCGAGAAAUUAGUGGUUUUCGAGGCCGGCACCAACUACAAGCAACGAAGAGAGUGUGUUAAUUGAAGCAGAUGAAAUCGGAGUGAUGGGGGUGAAAAGUUGAUUAAUUCUUGCAGCAAAUCUCCGAAAAGAUGUACGUGGUUAUCAUUCGACAGAGCAGUAGUGUCGAGUUGCCGACGUUGCGAGUUGCAUUCGGAAGUGCUCUUGAACCGAGCGCUCAGUGCUUUCUGUAAUCUGCUCUCCUCGGCUAUUAUUGCGGAUUAAAAGUCAGCACCAGUGUAGAAUAGCGGAGAAUUAUACCGUUGCCUUCGGUACAUACAUACUGCGCGCAAUGCCGUAUAGUUGCCAACUUCCAUCACUGAUUCAUCAACCGAGCGGCAGUGUUUAUCAUCAAAUUUGUUGAUUUUUGAUUUUCGCCAGGAAAUCCAUUGCCUGUGUAACUGACGAGCCUCAAAAUAUGUCGGCAGACGGAACCGAGCAGUAGCUUCUGGAAUUACCGCGAACGCGUGUGAUGUGUUUAUUUAGUUUAACGCUGCUGUUUAAUUUUUCCUACAACGUGCCGUCGUUCAUAUAGGAUAGUAGUUAUUGCAUUCAUCAGGUUUUUCAUGUGUUAUUUCUAGGUAAAUUGUUGUUCGGCUUAGCGUGAAUAAUUCAUGGAAACCAAAUAUUUGUUUUGUUGUUGGAGCUGCUGCCGCGAAAAGCCUACACAACGACAGUGAAAGUCCUUCCCUUUUCACGUACGGGUGUUUAUUUCGUUAGGCAGAAAAGCUCGUCGUAGGCCAGCGCAAAAAGUAGUGUAAUGUAUUAAUGAAAUUCGAUUCGCAUUUACCGCCAGCGUCAGGAAGCGUUCCGCUGUGCAGCUAACAGUGGCUCGUGUCUAACUGUACGGUAAAGUGAGCGUUGUGUUGCAGCAUUGCAGUGCGGAAGUGAGGAAUCCUAUCCAUUCCACGUUAGCCGGCUGUGCUUGGAGUGGUGCUGGCAGUUGAAAUAGCAACAACUUCAUUGCUCGACUCGGCUGUAACCAGUCUGCCUUCUGGUAGCUUUGGCAGAAAAUGACCAGUAUCAACUAUUCGAGAAUGUUUCGUGGCAAAAUUCGUACCAACACAUGCCGGAUUGUGCUGCUAACUUCGCUGGUGUGGUUGCUUAUCGAUGUGAUACUAAUAAUGAACUACGCCGAUUGUCUCGGCGGUUCCAGUUGGCUCUGUAAACGACCCGGAGAAUACGAUGUUGAGCUUCCGCACAGUGCACAGCAACAGCAGAAACACCAUCCGGCAGGGCGGGGUGGUCUCGCCGAGGACGACGAUCCUAUAGUUGACGAAGAGGAAAUCGAUACAAAUUCCAACAACCUAGGAGACCAAGGGUUCGAUAACACGAUGCCCCGAACGUACCGCCCACAGGAGCUGAAAAAGUGGCGCCCUGUUCCACAAGUAGGCGAGAACUACGGAAAACCUGGUGAAUUAGGUAAGCCGGUGAAAAUUCCAUCCAGUCAGCAAGAGCUGAUGAAAGAGAAGUUCAAGGAAAACCAGUUUAAUCUACUAGCCAGCGAUAUGAUCUGGUUGAACCGGUCGCUAACGGAUGUGCGGCAUCACGAUUGCAAAAAGAAACACUACCCAGCCAAGCUGCCAACCACUUCAAUAGUGAUAGUGUUUCAUAACGAAGCCUGGAGCACGCUUCUGCGUACCAUUUGGAGUGUCAUCAAUCGGUCGCCGCGGCCGCUGCUCAAGGAGAUCGUCCUUGUAGAUGAUGCCAGCGAACGUGAACACCUGGGUGAGCAGUUGGAAGACUAUGUACGGACACUGCCGGUGCAUACCUAUGUUCUGCGGACCGGCAAACGGUCCGGAUUAAUACGAGCAAGACUACUCGGUGCCAAGAAUGUCAAGGGACAGGUCAUUACCUUCCUGGACGCCCACUGUGAAUGCACCGAAGGGUGGUUGGAGCCGUUGCUGGCGCGCAUCGUGCUGGACCGUAAGACUGUCGUUUGUCCCAUUAUCGAUGUGAUAUCGGAUGAGACGUUCGAAUACGUCACUGCCUCGGAUCAAACGUGGGGUGGUUUCAACUGGAAGCUUAACUUCAGAUGGUAUAGGGUUCCGGCGCGAGAAAUGCAGCGACGAAACCAAGAUCGAACAGCGCCCUUGCGAACGCCUACUAUGGCCGGUGGGUUGUUUUCCAUCGACCGUGACUAUUUCUACGAAAUUGGUUCGUAUGACGAAGGUAUGGACAUUUGGGGUGGUGAAAAUCUUGAAAUGUCCUUUAGGGUAUGGAUGUGCGGUGGAACGCUGGAAAUAGCACCAUGUUCCCGGGUUGGUCACGUUUUCCGCAAAUCAACGCCGUACUCUUUUCCGGGCGGUACGUCGCAGAUCGUUAACAAAAAUAAUGCCCGCUUGGCUGAAGUGUGGCUCGACGGCUGGAGUGAAUUUUACUACAAUAUUAACCCAGGUGCACGCAAGGCUUCCGCCGGUGAUGUAAGCGAACGAAAGGCACUUCGCGAACGGCUAAAGUGCAAGAGCUUCCGCUGGUAUCUAGAGAACAUCUACCCGGAGAGUCAGAUGCCGCUGGAUUAUUACUUCCUGGGUGAGAUCCGGAACGUGGACUCGGGCAACUGUCUCGACACGAUGGGCCGCAAGUCGAACGAGAAAAUCGGCAGCAGCUACUGUCACGGAUUGGGCGGAAACCAGGUGUUUGCCUAUACUAAACGGCACCAGGUAAUGUCGGAUGACAACUGUUUGGAUGCAUCGAAUGCGCUGGGACCAGUGAAUUUGGUGCGAUGCCACGGGAUGGGUGGCAAUCAGGAGUGGGUAUACGAUGAUGAGGAUAAGACUAUCAAGCACGUCAAUAGCGGCAACUGCCUGACGCGGCCAACCGUUGAUGAUCCGUCCACUCCGCUGUUGCGGCCGUGCACCUUCUCCUCCAAGGGCCAACAGUGGUUGAUGCAGUCGAAGUUCAAAUGGCAGGCGCAACACGACCAUCGGAUCGGCGAAGAUAGAUAAAAGUAGUCCCGAAGGCAAACAUCAUACAGAUCAGCUACAUAUUUCCAUCCAUAGAAAAGAAUUCACGCAGAAACUCAGCAUAGGUAUGGUGGGGCAUAAUAUUUAGGAGUCGUGUUAGAGCUAGAAAAGGACUCCCCCACAGCAAUUCAACUGCUGUUAUGAUCUUCACCACCGUCAUCAUCAUAGUCGUGUUUUUAAGUUAGUUCAAAAACACCUUUGGUUUUAGUCGAUCAAUAUCAAUACCAUGAUUAGUGAAGUUAGGGUAAUAUUUUUAUUGUUUAAACGUUAAAUAUGGUUUAUGACAAGUGCUUUCGCGACCACAUCGUUCGAUUGAGAGUUCUGAAGCAAUUUGCAUACGUGGUUACACGAUUAGGCCUGUGAGAACGAGAAAGAAAGAAAAAAACUAAUUGCUUUGAGUGAAUAAACUUUUUGGACGUGAUAAGACAUAAAAUAUUAGAUAAUAAAAUAAAUGGAUGAACAAAUCAUGAGCGCCCUACCAGGCGCUACACUAAAGGAACCUGUUCGCCGUGUAAAUACGCACCAUGAUUAGAAAAACCUUUUUUCCAACGACUGAUAACUGCAAGCGAAAAUGUGGCAGACGGAUGAAAGUUUACCAAUUAGCACAGAAGCGGAUAUGUUCCUACUCAAGAAAUAGCCGACAACAGGAAAUAAAUACAACAGAGUGUUUGUUGCUCGUUUAAUAUUCCAGUUGAAUCUUUGAUAUUGACUGCAGAGCGGAUUUGAAAAACGAACAGUCUCACUGGAGCCGUUUAGUCGUACAUUCCUUUGUACGAAAGUGAUUGAAUUUUACCGAUUUUUAAUUAGCUCUUAGUUGAACUACAAGACAGAUUAAAAUCGGAAGCACUAUUGAUAACAUAAUAGUAUCAUCUAUAGCCUAUUUAAACACAUUCGUUAGAGCAGCGUCUCUGCUAUCUCAGUUCAAUGUUUUUGUUCAACGGUGCUCGAUACGAGUUUUCACAUCUUUCAUUCAUCAGGCCAGUUUUGUUAUUAAACUGCUUCUUAGGAACGAUGCAAAGAUGUUGAUACAGAUUUACAUACAAUACAUCGAUUGUAAACUAAGUAAUCAAUGAAAUUAAAUUGUUGAGCGCUGAUUAAAGAGACGAAUACGGAAUCAUCAAAGCUACGAUUUCAAUAGUAUAUGAGUUUUGAAUGUGAACUCAGUCUGGGGUCAAAAACAAAAACAUCCUCCACUUGGUUUUAUAUACGUACAAAGGUAGUGGAUGCGAAUAAUUAAAUUCUGCGAUAUUGCCAAUGGCAUUAUCGGCAAAAAAUAUACUGCUUUUCAGCGACAUUUGAUACAAUCAAUCAUCUUCUUGUUUCUGGUUAUCAUUUCGCACGACGAAGGUAGAGGAAAACUUGUGGAAUAGCACAUCUGCAUAUCAAGUAUAGAAAAUAUUAAUCAGUAUCAGGAUGUCACUUUUGCAUUAUUCGUUCCGAAUUUAUCCUUUCCCUUAACCCUUAGUUUUGUGACAUACGGCCACUAGACUGGUUCACGGUUGUAUGGAAAAAAAUUAAAUGAUCCUAAUUAGCGAGCCAUUGUGAAUUCCUUUUUGUAGACCCAAAUGGCUGUACAUAUUUUGGGAGAAAUUGGUUGCAGAAUUUGGGCAUUGCAUUUAAUGUUUAUAGAAAUUAGUAUGGAAAAAGGUACUACACCUCUGCUCAUACAGAUCGCUAUUUCACUUUAAUUGAAAAAAGUGAAGUGAAAUUACGCCUGCAACUAAAUUUUAAGUAGAAGUUAAACAAUCAAGAGUCUAGAAAUUUUCAUUCAAACUUUAUAUUGACACUGAAAAUUCGUUAUGAUUGGUUUUUGAACAAAUGAUGCUUUAUUUAUGUGUGUUGUACCACCAACCAAUGGCAAUUUUAGUGAGCAAAUACAAUAUCAGAAUAUUCAAUCUUACUGUUAGCUGAAUUGAACUGGCUCUCUGAUUUUCCAAAAAUAUUCAAGUGAGUGAGAAAAUCAUUCUGAUUUUUUUCGAAGAUAAGUUUCUGCGAUGAACGUGUUCUGAGAUAUUUAAAAUGGAACUGUUGGUGGUACAUUUACAGUGUUGGCAGAAACAAAAAUUUUAAACAAUUAAAAAAUGCAUUAAUGCAAGUUACAGUUUUCGACAAAGUUUUUAAUCACACUGUACAAACUUUUUACAGGAGUGUGUUUUUAAUUUGAGUGAAAUAACUUAACGGAACGUUCGGAGAUAGUUGUUUCUCAUACUUAUCUACAUACAGUCAUUUGGGACCAUAGAAGAAACUCCUAAACUACCGCUAUAAGCAUAAAUGUCUUAUGUGCUAUGGGAUUCCCUAUACACAUUACACAAUUAUGCGUAAGGCGGCAGUAUAGUGCCGUGCUGAAAUAGGGCAUAUGACGACCCACUCUCAUGGGCACUCUAUAGCAAGGUCUAAACAAGCGUCAUAAUUAAUAGUGUGCUUAACAUAUAUGUCACGUAAUUGAUAACGAUGACGUUAUCGCUAACAGGUGUUGAAGUGAAAUUCAAAAAAACAACCCUGUUUAAUGACUCACUCAUACAAGUACAGAAGCAGUUUUCUUUUUGACGCAUGUUAAGAACUCGUCGCUGUUGUGCUAUCUUAUGACAAACGCCAUUUUGGGGUAAACUGAGUUAGAUAUGCCACAUUACUCGUCUAACGAAUCUCUACAAGAUGGCGUUCCCAGAAUUUUGAAAUUUUGCUUGGUUACUGAAAUAUAACGAGAAAAGUUAUUAGAAAUUGUGAGUUUUUUGCUUCGAAUAAUUAUAUCUUGGGAUUGGCUGAAGUUAUAAUGAAGUUUUAGUUGCUUUUAUGUGUAAAAAUGCCAUAGGAACACAAUCAUAUAAUAAUUUUCAUUAGAAAAAUACAUGCAUUGGGAGAAAAACGCAGUUUUAGCUUUAAACUGGAAAUAUUGCAUAUUUGGCAACACUGUAACCAAAAAUAACUAUUUUUUCUAGGUUCCCUGACUCAUUUCCUUCAAAAUGCAUCCAACCGAUUGUUUAUAGACCAAAUUAAACCAAAGAUAUGAAUAAAAGUUUAUAAUUGGUGAAGUUUUUCUAUGGAAAAUUUGUCAUGCACGAUUAUGACACAUCAUACACAUUUUGUCAUCAAUACACACCUAUGACACGUGUGAGUGCGACUUUUGUUUACAUUUUUAGUGACAACUCGCAACAUAGUCAACCGAUCUUCGUAAUAUUUGAGAGAUUAAUACAGAAUAGGUAGAAGCAUCAAUUGUCUUCUCUGAAUUGUUUCUACCAUUUAUAAGUUUCAUGAUAUUCAAUCUCAAACUUUAAAAAUCGUUUUUCUCGAAAUGUGCAAAAUGGCGCUUGUCAUAAGAUAGCACAACAACGAACUUCCUAUAUAACGACAUUAAUGUCAGCUAACAUAUUUUCAAACGAAUGGCAAGCAUGUGAUUGUGAUACUGAGGAUUGAGCUGAAUAGUAGAAAACUGACUGCCAAUAAAAUACAUAACAUCUUAAUGAUUCGUUAUCUAGUUUUUCAUUCGACAUUUCUAUUCCGAGUGGCCAAACAUCUAAGUCGAGCAAAAUCCGCAAUCAUUAGGGGCCAUAGACCGAUAAAUAGUCCCAAGAUCCAACAAAUAAAAACUAAUCACUUGUUGAAAACGGACCAUUUGCAUUUAAGCGAAGAAAUAACUAUAAUAGGCGUACAGUGUAAAACAAGGCCCCCUUUGUAAAUGAUACUCGAUCGAAAGAAUGAUUAACCUAGAUGGUGUAAAUAAAUAGUGUAUUAUAUUGAUUACAGAAAACUACUGAAAAUCAAAUGAGAAGAAAAAGGACACAAAAUAUCAUUUACUGAUAGUGAAACAGAAAAACGAAAAAUCUAAGAAUAUAUGUAAGUGAUAGAUGGCAGACAUAGUUGAAAUUUACAAAAAACAAAACAAAUCGUGAUCGACAAAAUUUCUAUAUCAUCAGUACUAAGGCAAAGCAUAGAUAGUUUCAGGCAAAGCAAAACCGACGGAAAGUCGAUGUUUUAUUUCAAAAUAUAUUUUUAUUUUUCUGUGAAAGUAGCAAUUUCAAUUUAAUUGAGUCUAGCAAAUAGUUUUAAAAGGUUUAUUUUUCUUCAGGUGAUGGUGUGCAAUUUUUCAUUUUAAGCUUAUUUAUCUUCAAUUAUUUUCUGCAAACAUCAUAGUAAAGCAGCGUCAGAAAAACAACUUAUGGUUGUAUUUUAGUUAGAAAUUGUAAGCGCAAAUUAGUAAGGCUGUACAUUGUUUUAGCGAGCUAAUACGGUAAACUUCGGGUCGUUUUCCCUGGAGUAAUGAACAGUGACCGGAAUCUGCAUCAUGAGAUCCGAAACUCACAUAGCGGAACAUAAAUUUUUGUACCUCAGUAUUAGUCUAUUCCUACAAAGUUGAAAAAAUCUUCCAUAACACUAAUUCGCAACAUAACUUUUUAUACUACUUAACUACAUUCCUCCUCCGAAGAUCUAAACACGCCGUUAUAGUUCAAUCAAAUAAAAAAUAUAUCAUCCACCUACACAAACCACGGUGGUAAAUUUCGAAGUUUCAGUCGAUUUUGAAGAAAAAACAAAGCCGGGCCAAUUUAAUUGCAGGGCAAACGUAAUAUCAUUAUUGAAAGUACUACUACUAAGCUGCUUGGUUUCUUUGUUUUUAUUGUUAAAAAUUCACAUUGUUCCAUUAAGCAUUAAGACACGAAUGUUUGAGCUGCAUGAGAAGCACAUUUUAUUGUCUGGAUAAUACGGAGUACGUGUAUCAGAUGAAAAAUAGGACAUAUAAACUGUUUGUAUGAUAGAAGGAACCAGCACUGAGUGAACUGAGUCACUUUACAUCGCUCGACCAUUGAACGGAAUUAAUUUAAAUAUAUAAAUGCGUCGGUAUAAAAAGGAAUAUUGUGCGAUAGCAUGUAGUUUUUUUUUUUUGAAAAAUAAAAUCAUGAAGUUUU